AUGGAUGGCGAAAACCAGCAAACCCUUCACUCUGUGACUCAUAACCGCGAAAAAGAUUUCCCAUCGGGCUUCAAUGACUUUCGAGGACCCCGGCCGGAGGAGAAGGCGAACUACCAAAACAGGAUCCCUAUCGGCCUAGGCUUUCCAUCUCGGAUUCUACUACGAGAGACCACAAACGCUGGGAACGUUUAUUUUCAAAAGGUAUACACCACCUGCGGGGUAAAUUCUUCCCCGCCGCACUCACAUCCACACUUUUCUGCCAACUCCAAUACCGUUCUGGCGUUUCACAGAACUGGCACUGGCAAGGAUAUCUCAGAUACGGGAGUGGCCUCGUGGCAAUGGAAACCACGGUUGCUUCAUGAGAAAUUCUCUCGUGAGGAAGGAUGUGGGAGGGCUCGUAGUUAUCCGAUCGUGCUUUGCAACGGUAUCUAG